GAACUGAAUGUCAAGUCGACUCUCGAAAAAAAAAUAAUUAACAUCAACAAACACAUACAUUUGAAAAGUCAUCAAUUGUAUGCUGAUAUCGACUAGUCACGGUCAAACUACUUAUCAACAGGGUUUAAAGUAUCAUCGUGACUAAAUAUAUAUAUUUAGCAGGUACUUCUAACUAGGUUCGAUUCGGUAUCAGAGUAUAGUCGGCUUUUUAGCAACUGAGUACGAACCGAGAAAAAUGGCUCAAAUUGUAUCAGAAGUACUGAAUAAUCCUCUGUUAAGGGCCUAUUUCUUUUAUGCCAGCUUGUUGGUGUUGAAAAUGCUCUUUAUGUCGUUGUGGACUGGUACUAAAAGAAUGAAAACGAAGACUUUUUCUAGCCCUGAGGAUAUUGUCAGGUUACCAAAAGCUAAAGUGUCAACAAAUGAAAAUGUUGAAAGAGUUAGAAGGGCUCACCUUAAUGAUGUUGAAAACAUACCAAUAUUUUUAGUGAUCAGUUUAGGAUACAUACUAACAAAUCCAUCAUAUGCAGUUACCUUAUUAUUAUUUCGAGCAUAUACUUUAGCAAGAUAUAUCCAUACCUUUGUUUAUGCAAUUUAUGUUAUACCACAACCUGCUAGAGCAUUCUCUUGGGGUACUGGAUAUGCUAUUACCAUUUAUAUGGCCGUCUCUACACUGAGUUACUUUUGGUAAAUGUUGUUUUACUACCGAUAAUAAGUUUGAACUGACAACUAAACUUAAUUUUUGUAAUUUCUUGGGAACUUAGUUUCUACCAUAUGAUCAGAAAAUGGCGUCCAGUUAGCUGCGAAAUGAUGAUCAGUGACAUUUCCCAUAUAAUUAUACGUAUAAAAUAACAGUCAUAAAGAAACAAUGACAGCGAUCCUCAUUUUCUAGCCGUAUCUGACGCCGUUUUUUCGAUUGUAUUGUUUUAAUAUGUGUAGUAUUUAAAUGCUUUUUUUUAUAUUUGUAAAAAUGUUAGAAACUAAAGUUGUAAUAAAAAAUAACAAUAUUUGUU